CCUCGCAUUUUUAAAAGUUUUGUAAUCUAUGUGUGUGUGCAUGUGUGUGUGCCUUCAGGACACUGCUCUCUCUUCCAUGUCAAAGGGGGUCCUUGAGUGGAGGGCAAUCAUGGAAGAAGAGUGGGAGGAGCCGAGUGAUCCCACCUUCAAAGCAAACCUCCCGCCGAAUGCCAACUGCAGCUAUUGCCAGGGCAACGUCACCGACUGCAAUGUCAUGACCGGCAACAUCACCAGGGGCGUCACCUACUUCCCCUACUACCAGCACUCUCUGCCGGUAGCGUCCAGCUUCAUCCUGGCCUACCUCUUCAUCUUCCUGCUGUGCAUGAUGGGAAAUGGCCUGGUGUGUCUCAUCGUCCUGCGAAACCGGCGCAUGCGCACCGUCACCAACCUCUUCAUCCUCAACCUGGCCGUCAGUGACCUGCUGGUGGGAAUCUUCUGCAUCCCCACCACGCUGGUGGAUAACCUGAUCACAGGUUGGCCGUUCUCCAAUGUGGUGUGCAAGAUGAGUGGCCUGGUUCAGGGGAUGUCUGUGUCAGCCUCGGUCUUCACUUUGGUGGCCAUUGCAGUUGAUCGGUUUCGCUGCAUUGUUCACCCUUUCAAAGCCAAGCUAACUUUGUUGGUCGCCAAGGGAACCAUAGCUCUUAUAUGGGUCCUGGCAUUCAUAAUAAUGUGUCCCUCAGCUGUGAUGCUGACUGUAAGCAAGGUGAAAGACCAUUACAUGGUCUACAAUGAGGACUACAACCACACCUACCCUCUGUACUCCUGCUACGAGAACUGGCCCCAGGUGGAGAUGCGCAAGGUCUACACCACCGUCCUGUUUGCCCACAUCUACCUGGCGCCGCUCACCCUCAUCACCCUGAUGUACGGCUGGAUCGGGGUCAAGCUGUACACCACCUCCAUCCUGACUGACAGGGAGCACCCCAGAGCCGCCGCGCCGCCGCAUCCGGCGCCCCCCGGUGGCCACCAGGAAGGGAGGCCACUGGUGUCGCAGAAGAAGGUGAAGGUGAUAAAGAUGCUGAUUGUGGUGGCCCUGCUGUUCAUGCUGUCCUGGCUGCCGCUCUGGACCCUCAUGCUUUUGACGGACUACGGAGGGCUGGACUCGGAGCAGCUGGAGCUCCUCACCGGCUACGUGUUCCCCUUCGCCCAUUGGCUGGCCUUCUCUAACUCCACCGUCAACCCCGUCAUCUAUGGCUACUACAACGAGAACUUCAAGAGAGGGUUCCAGGCAGUCUGCCAGUCGUACUCGGGCUCCUGCUGCCAGUUUCUCCUGUGGAAGGGCACAGAUGGUGGGGGGGCGAGGGUGGUGGAAGGAAGGGCCCUAGACGGGGGUCCGGCCAGGGUCUGCGGACCCAGGGACACGGGGGCGAACUCAAACCCGCUCAUCUUCGGAGCGAGGAACAGGGUGUAUACCGACGGAGAUCUGGCAGGGGUGGUUCGGCUAGAGAUGGAGUGGAGGAGGGGGAUGGGGGAGGUGGGGAGCAGCGCCCUCUACACGGAAGGUUUGGGUGCGGCAGGGGGGAGGAUCAGAGGGGUGUCAAACAAAAUGGGGGUUCAGACGAGCGAGACUGACAAGGUCACCCCGGGCGGAUCGGGAGUCUGCCAGGCCUGGGACCAGUAA